UUUUCUAAAACUUCCAUCACAGGCUGAGACAACCACUCACCCAGGCUGCCAUGGCUGCUGAAGACCCACCUAGAGAUGACAAAGAAUUCAGGCAGCUGCCCCAGGAUGAAAUAGAAGACAUGAAAACUACCUUUGAAGCAGGAAAUCUUGAAGCUGUAGCAAAGAAAUUGCAGAAGGAGCUGGAGAUGUCAGAAAAGAUUCCACUUCACAUUGCCAUCACUGGAGAGGCAGGCUCUGGAAAAUCAACUUUUGUCAAUGCCAUCCGGGGCCUUGGGGAUGAAGAUACAGGUUCUGCUAAGACUGGGGAAGUAGAAACAACAAUGUACCCAGAACCUUACCCACACCCCACCCUCCCGAAUGUAACAGUCUGGGACCUGUCGGGUAUUGGAACGCCCUCAUUCAAACCAGACCAAUACCUUGAGCAGGUGAGUUUCCAAAAAUAUGACUUCUUCAUCAUCAUCACUGCCAGCCGGUUCAGUGCCCAUCACACCCAACUCGCCCAGGAAAUUAGGAAGCUGGGGAAGAGGUUUUACUAUGUGCGUUCCAAAGUGGAUGUUGACUUGGGUGCAGCUCAAACGCGCCGGCCGAAAAGCUACAGCGAGGAGGGAAAACUGCAGGAGAUCCGAAAUGAUUGCAUCAGGAACCUGAGAAAGGCAGGUGAAUCUUCCCCGUGGGUUUUCCUGCUCUCGGGCUGGCAACUGGCCAAGUACGAUUUCCAGCUGCUUCUGAGGGUUCUUGAGAAAGAACUGGAUGUUCACAAGAGACAAAGCUUCAUUCUUUCCCUGCCCAACAUCUCAGCAGAGAUCCUGGAAAAGAAGAAAGCUGAAUUGAAGAGGGAAAUAUGGAAAGAGGCCUUUCUGUCAGGGGCUAUCUCCACUGUUCCUAUACCAGGUCUCUCUUUUGCUGCUGACACAGCCAAGCUGGUGGUGAACAUGAAACGUUACUGUCAAGCUUUUGGCUUGGAUCCUCCUGCUCUCUGCAGACUAGCUCAGCAGGUUGGUAAACCUGUUGAAGAGCUGAAGUCUGUUAUAAAAGUGGUUCCACUGGCCAGCUCAAUAAACAAAGAGUGUGUAAUGAGUGUUUUGGGAAGGUAUGCAUGUCUUUCAGUGAUGGUAGUUGAAGACAUUUUGGAUUGGGUUCCAGUUGCUGGACCUAUUUUAUCUGGAGCGGUUUCAUUUGGAACCAUAUACUAUGUGCUGAACAAUUUUCUCAGUGAGGCUGCAGAGGAUGCUCACAGAGUUCUCACAAAAGCUCUUUCCUGAACCAGAAGUCCAGAGAACAGAAGUGAAGGACCCAGAAGAACCACAGAAAAUCAAUGGCUGAACCCCACACACCUGGGCCAGAACCUUUCAAAGUGACUAAGCAAAAGCAAAACCCAGGAAAUGGACACAUUAAAAAUCAAAAAGCAGAAUAGAAAAGAGAAGGAAAGAGAGAGAUCCAGUGAUGCUGCUUUUUCGUUUGAUCAACUGCACUUUCCUAAAAUUAAACAGAAAAGAAAAGAAAAAUGGGUCUAAAGCCCCAUAAGCAAUGUUCCACAACGUGCAGAGAUGUUUCAUAGUUUCAUAGU